AAGCAUUACUGCAGGAAAUCUCCUUUAAUAUUUCUAUUUGUCACUUUCUUUAAAAGGCUUUCUUAACUUAGAAAAAUUCCAUGGCCCUGGAAGCAGCAGAGACGUGAAUACAUGUGCAUGAAUACAAGAACAUGCAUGUUCUUCCCAGAUCCGGGAAGAAGAUGAGGCGACAUGGGAAAUGAAUUAAAAUGCUUGUCACCUAGUGGAUUCCGGGCAGAGGGCAGUCUUUAAGACCCAGCAGCAUAGUAUUUGUCUGGAGAGGAAAUGUUGCUUUUUGACAGAUGAGAGAAAUCCCCUUCGUGCUGGCUGUGGGAAGAGAGAAGUGCAGUCAGUCACCUGGUGGCCAAGGCCAGUAAAACAGCAAAGCAGGAAGGAAAAUUUUUCUCUCUCUCUGGCUUUCCCUCUCUCCCUCUUUCCUCUCCUCUGUAGGAGCCACCUCCUAGGCUCCCAACUCUUUUAGCAUAACCUUCCAAGGAGGACGCUUCCUUCAGACUUUAUCUUCUUUUCUCCACUGAGAGAAUACCUCUUGGCUGCAAGACAUUUUUUUAAGUCUUAUGCAGGACUUCGGGGAUUUGGUGAUCUCGCCAGAGACACUGCGAGCAUUGCUGAAGCUUGGGACUCACAGGGUGCGAAAUUAGCUCCCGAGUAAGCCUGGCGGAGGAAGGCUUUCAUCAGAGACACUUCGCUCCAGUUUGAACACAUUUGCUUGAAAUUUGCCGCAUGAUGCUGUCCAGGGAAGCCGCUUUUUUUCUUGGGAUGCAGCAAUUCGCUGGUUUCUAAGCUUAUUGCAGAAGAAGUAAUCUUAAAUAGCGUGGAUCCCCCCCCCCUCCACACACACCCCACCCUUGCUUGAUUCAACUGAGCUGCGUUGCACCACGGUCAAGAUCACCUGUCACUAAAUUUUUGAGGAAGUAAAACAAAGUGAAUUGUAAUUAUCGUUUAUUUAUUUUCAUCAUUUCUAACCGGUGGAGGCGGCGGGAUCACGGAGAUGCGACUGAGAGGAGCUGCCGGGGCUUGGAGGAGGAUAAAGCUGAGUUUAGGCUGGAGACUGAAAGACUAGGUUGUUUUUCGGUACAACUUGCCCGGUUCCUCUCCACUUCCUCCAGUUUCGCUCCAUGGACAGAUCAACAAACCUGGACAUCGAGGAGCUCAAGAUGACACGAGAACAGUAUAUACUAGCAACACAGCAGAAUAACCUACCCAGGGCUGAGAAUGCACAACUGUACCCAGUGGGAAUUUAUGGAUGGCGAAAGAGGUGCUUAUACUUCUUUGUCCUUCUGCUGUUGGUUACCAUGAUAGUUAACUUAGCCAUGACCAUAUGGAUAUUGAAAGUGAUGAAUUUCACUGUGGAUGGUAUGGGCAAUCUGAGAGUCACCACGAAGGGCAUCCGACUUGAAGGUAUAUCUGAGUUUCUGCUUCCAUUGUAUGUGAAAGAAAUUCAUUCCCGAAAGGAUAGUCCACUGGUCUUACAGUCUGACAGGAAUGUAACAGUGAAUGCAAGAAAUCACAUGGGGCAGUUAACUGGACAGCUGACAGUAGGCGCUGACGCUGUGGAAGCUCAAUGUAAAAGGUUCGAAGUGAGGGCGAGUGAAGACGGCAGGGUGCUGUUUUCUGCAGAUGAAGAUGAGAUUACCAUCGGGGCUGAGAAGCUGAAAGUCACAGGCACUGAAGGAGCAGUGUUCGGGCACUCUGUGGAGACACCUCACAUCAGAGCAGAACCUUCCCAAGACCUCAGGCUGGAGUCACCAACCAGGUCCUUGAUCAUGGAAGCGCCUCGAGGGGUCCAGGUGCGAGCUGCUGCAGGAGACUUCAAGGCCACCUGCAGGAAGGAGCUGCACCUGCAGUCCACAGAGGGGGAGAUAUUUUUGAACGCGGACACAAUUCGGCUGGGAAAUCUGCCGACCGGCUCUUUCUCCUCUGCACCCAGCUCUUCAAAUGCCCGACAGACGGUGUACGAGUUGUGUGUGUGCCCCAACGGCAAACUCUACCUUUCUCCAGCAGGGGUGGGCUCCACCUGUCAGUCCAGUAGCAACAUCUGCUUGUGGAGCUGAAGGGACUGAUUCCUCCUCACACCACAAUAGCCUUUGUUCCUGUCUGUCUGCUUCACAGUUCUGCUCGGUUUCCCUUGUGAUCAGUCCAGAGCUUCUUCAAAUGGUCCACAGAGCGACUCCUUCUAGCGUAAGCAGGGAUUUGCCUCCACUUCUCUUGUGAUUAUACUGUACUGCUCAACACGGAGAGUGUGGGUGUCGGAACAGCGUCUCACCUUCAGCAGGAGAACUGGAUCAGAACUUUCGCUCAAAAGGGAGAACAACAUAGGUGCCUUUGCUACAUGAAGUGAAGCACACAGUUUUAGAUUUUUGCAGGACCUGGAUAUGAACUGCACAUAUAUCCAUUGCGUAGAUGAUAUUCCCAGUAUCCAAUGGCGAGAUGAAAUGCUUAAUUAACCCUGUAAGAAAACUAAUACUACAGUCCGAAAGCACAAUUUUCCACUCAUCUUUUUGGAUGUAAACGUUUUUUUCCCCCGAAUUUUAAAAUCUUAAAGCAUUAUGUAAUGCUUGCUUUACUAAAAAUUUAAACUCAAUACAUGAUUUUUAACAAAACAAAGCAAAACAAGAUAGAAUCCCACUCUGAAUUUUAUUUGUUUCUUUAAAAUCCAUGUGUUGUUACUCUUUGUCUACUAAGUCUAGAAUUUUGUACAUCAGGAAAUUUUGAAAGCACUCAGCAAUAUAAUCUUUACAGAAUUAACAAAACGCCAUUACACUGUCAUUUGUCGGAUCUGAAUGGCCUUAUGUAGUAUUCACUUGGCUAUUGCAUGUGUCGUCUUUACUUUUAACAAAACAUCUGAUUUAUUGCAACAUAAGAUAGGAUUAAGAGGGGAAGACAGGUGGUGUGGAAUCCACAUGCUAUUUGUUACUCCUAGGUUCUAACAGUACAAUAUUGGUUUGCUUCAUUCACCUUAUACUUGACUCUGACUGCUAAAAUGCAAGCAUCCUCUCAAUAAAUAAGUACUAGUGUGAUGCAUUAAUGCUGAGAAUGGAUUCACUUUCCACUGGAAUAUCAUCUUCAGAAUUAUAUCAGUGUAUUCUUAUUGGGGAUUAAACUUUAGGGACAGUAGAAAUUAAAUUCAAAACUCCUGCUCAAAGUAAAAAAAAAAAUACAAAUGUUAACAAAUGUUGAAAAUGUGUUCACUCCAUUAGAUUCAAAUUUUAAGGAAUUUGCUUUCUUUCAACUCUUAGUAUUUAGUUCCUUUUCUCAGGCUGUUAAGCUACCCUACUACCAGAAAUCACAGUUCUUUCCAUUCUCCACUGCUUAUUUUUAUAAAUUAACUUCUAAUAAAUAAUCCAGAAUACUAUA